GCAGCGGAGUAGGAUGCGCGCGGUGAUUGGAGGGCUCGGGCCUGGCGGAAGCGGGGCGGACCGGGAAGUGACCUGCAUUAUGGCGGCAGUGCCGCCGCUGCGGGACCGCCUGAGCUUUCUGCACCGGUCCUUUCUCCGGCCAUGUCAACAGCAAGAAGUGGGCCGUUUCCAUCCCCUUUGGGAGCUGCGGACUCACCGCUGUGGGAAAUGGCGCCUCAUCACUGCAGAGGCUCUUGUUCCCUUUCAGCUCCCGAUUCUCCUGAAGGGGACAUCGGAUGAUGACGUCCCAUGUCCUGGCUACCUGUUUGAAGAGAUUGCUAAAAUCUCCCAUGAGUCUCUGGGCAGCAGCCAGUGCCUGGUGGAGUACCUCCUGACCCGCCUGCACAGCAGCUCUGGCCAUGGGAAGCUCAAGGUGCUGAAGAUCCUGCUCUAUCUGUGCAGCCACGGGUCCUCCUCCUUCCUGCUCAUCCUCAAACGCAACUCCACCUUCAUCCAGGAAGCUGCAGCUUUUUCUGGGCCCCCGGAUCCUCUGCACGGGAACAGCUUGUACCAGAAGGUUCGGGCAGCUGCGCAGGACCUGGGGAGCACCCUGUUCUCAGACACCUUGUUGCCGCUGCCUCCCUCCCAGCCUCUGGGGACCCCACCAGCCACAGGCAUGGGCUCCCAGGCCAGGCCACACAGCACUCUCCAGGGUUUUGGCUACAGCAAGGAACACGGCUGCACGGGCUUGGCAGGCGAAGCCUUCCUCUCCACCAUCCAGAAGGCCGCAGAGGUGGUGGCCAGUGCCAUGCGCCCCGGGCCCGAGAGUCCCGGUACCCAGAGGCUCCUGCCGCGGGGUGACGCCUACCAGCCUGCCGCGAUGCCUGCAGCCAGCCACGGGCCCCCAGCCCUGGGGAACCUACUCCCCGGGGCCAGUCCAGGUCCUCAAGCUGUGAGGCACCGGCCUGGGCAGGCUGGAGGGGGCUGGGACGAGCUGGACAGCGGCUCUAGCUCUCAGAAUUCCUCCCAGAACAGCGACCUGAGCAGGGCCUCGGACUCUGGCAGUGACAGCCAUUCAGGGACCAGCCGGGAGCUGGGCGACCUGGCAGAAAGGGCCGAGGUGAUGGCCCUGAGUGACUGUCAGCAGGAGCUGGGCUUGGUGAGGACCGUGACUCGGGGCCCACGUGCCUUCCUUAGCCGAGAGGAGGCACAGCACUUCAUCAGAGCGUGUGGGCUGCUCAACUGUGAGGCUGUACUGCAGCUGCUGACCUGCCACCUGCAUGGGACCAGUGAAUGCACGCAGCUGAGGGCGCUGUGUGCCAUUGCCUCCCUGGGAAGCGCUGACCUCCUUCCCCAGGAGCACAUCCUCCUCCGCACCCGGCGACAGCUGCAGGAGCUCAGCACAGGCAGCCCCGGACCUGUGACCAACAAGGCUACCAAGAUCCUAAGGCACUUUGAGGCCUCCUGUGGGGAGCUGCCCCCUGCCCGAGGUGCCUCGGCCGAGCUUGGCCCCACAGCUGCCCUCCCAGGCCCAUCGGACCUGCUGACAGAUGCUGUGCCUCUCACUGGAAGCCAGCUCUUCCUCCAGCCUCUGAGUUCAACCGCAGUGUCACCCCGGAGCCCUGCUCCCUCAUCUGGGAUGCCACCCAGCCCUGUGCCCACCCCGCCCCCAGAUAACUCCCCCGUUCCAGCCCCCAGACACCCCAGUAAGGCUGCGACCAGACUGGCAGAGAGCAGGGGCUGGGGACCUGAGCAGGUCCCAGGCGGGACAGACAGCCCAGAGAGAGCCCCCAGCAGCUAUGCGUGGAGCCCCCACUCCUUGUUUGCAGGCAUGGAGCUGGUGGCCUGCCCCCGCCUGGUGGGGGCUGGGGCUGCUGCUGAAGAGUCCUGCCCUGAUGCCCCCUGCGCCCCCCGGACAUCGUCCCAGAGGACAGCAGCUGAAGAGCCACCUGGCCCAGAGCCGUCAGCUUUCACAUUCCUGAACGCCUGACCCAGUGGCCUGGCCCUGUAGUCUUCAGCUGCAGUCGCAGCCUGCAGGGUGGUGCUUCCUCAGCCUCUGUGACAGUCUCCAGGGCAGCGGACCUGAGAGGAGGGCCCUAGGGCCGCCUCAGUUUCAGAUCUCCUCUACUAGAGGCUCUGGCUCUUGCACUAGAAUCCAGACAUGGAAUAGGCAGGUGGCAGGACCUCAGAGAUGCUGAUCUCAGGGGUCCGAGGGGCAGCCCCUGCCCGUUUUGCCCUCAGACAUGAGGUUUCUUGUGUGAAUGUGGAAGCGACUACCUGGUUCUUUGUUUCAUUUUGAUCUCAGCUUCCUCCUUCCCCAGGAGGUCAUGAGCAGUAACAAGCCACCACCUCCCAGUCCCAUUGGGGUGGCUGGUUUGGUGCACAUGGGUUGAGGGUGUCUUGUCCAGGCUGUCUUAUGCUGUUUGGCCUGUGGCCUGUGGCCAUGUCAGGUUUCAGGUCCCCAUGUGACCCUUUCCUGGGCUCUCACACCUCACCCCUAUCCUGUGACACUCCUUACACACGAAGCCUCUGGAACAUCCAGUCCACCUCAAGACCUUUAGAGAGCGCCGGGGUUCAUGCUUUCUGAAUAAACACUACUGUUUACACAA